AUGCUCAAGCUGGUCUCCAGGCGAUGUUACAGUGUCCGCAAUGCAUUUAAAGUGUUUCCUAGUACUUUCGCGGCGGGCCAGUGGUCGUGGGACGUUGAUUUGCGGGGUCUUCGGAAAGAAUACCGAUCUUUACAAGCGCAAGAGCACCCGGAUACCAAUUGCAACUCAGAUUCGAGCCGAAGCUCGGAAUUGAACCAUGCGUACCAGACAAUUCGGGUGCCAUUACUGCGAGCACAGCAUAUCUUGAAAACGCAGGCCGGGUUGGACCUGGACAACGAGGCGGGGGCGCAGAACAUCGCGCAACAGGACCCCAACUUGCUGAUGCGGGUUCUGGACGUUCACGAGGAGCUGGAGACACUGGGCAGCGAGGAGGAUGUGCGGAGGAUAGCGCUAGAGAAUCGAGCACGGAUGGCGGAGCUAAACCGGCAGCUGGGAGAGGCGUUUGGCAGACAGGACUGGGACCGCGCGGCGCAAUUGACGGUGGAGCUGAAGUAUUGGACGAGUCUGGACCGGGCGGUGAAGGAAUGGGAACCAGGUAAGAGACUGGAACUACACCACUGA